AUGGCGACAUUCGCAACUGACAAAGAUCUUGCUACUAGUUGUCAACAAGAUGUACAUUUAGGUGUAAAUAGUUUUUUUGCUGUUGCUGGUAUUGAAGAUCGUGAUGUUGCACCUGCACCUGCCACAACGGAAAUUUUUGGCCGCUUUCAAUUCUUAAAGACACUUUUACAUCCAAGCCUUUGUGAAUAUGUUGAAAUUGUAAAGGGAAAACAUGAUCGAUUAUUUGUAAUAUUUGAAUAUCAUACAAAUAAUCUUGAAAAGUUUUAUCAACGUAAUGAAAAAGAAGAAAUUAUACAGAUUUCAAGUAUAAAAAUUGAUAGGCUACGUGAAUGGGCAUUUCAAAUAUUGAAAGCUCUUGCUUAUCUAAACAAAAAUAAAAUAACGCAUCAUAAUAUUUCACCUCAUAAUAUCUUAUUAGAUGAUGAAGGAAAUAUAAAAUUGGCAGAUUAUGGAUUUUAUUAUAUGACUAAUGGCGGAGCUGAUGUGGAAUUUCCAAUUGGUUAUCCACAAUACAUUCCUCCUGAAGCAAUUUAUCAUUCCUCCGAAAUGACCUAUGCAACAGGGAAGGUGGAUGUAUGGUCAUUGGGCAUAAUAUUAGCAGAAUUGUUUUUUGCAAAGUCUUUUUGGGAAGAUACCAAAGAUAUUGAUAAAUUAUUUUCAUCAUUAUGGGAUCUUCAUUCCAUUGCGUAUAAAAAAGAUAAUGAUAGUGGUGGUGUCGGUAAUGGCGAAGCUUGGGAUAGUUUUAAUGUUUUCGAAUUAGGAAUAAAUGAUUCAAUUUUAGAAUUUUUACAAGCAACAGAUGGAACAGAUACAGAUAUUAUUGAAUUUAGAAACUUUUUACGUUGUUGUCUUCAAGUAAAAGUUUCAGAUCGACUCUUACCAGAACAAUUAUUGUCUCAUCCAUUUUUCAAAAAAAUCCAUAUUUAUGAAAAAGGUGGGAGUAAGCAGUACAAAUAUUGGUGGCUGAAACCAUUUUUGCAAUCACAACAAAUUGAAUUUGAUGAAAAGGAUUUAUUUAAAUAUAUUGAAGAAACUCCAAAAAAAGAUGUUCUACAUGGGAUACCUCUGUCACAAAUUUAUUAUUUUUGGAAAUUAGCUGGAGGUGACGUUGAAUCAGAGUUAGAAAAAAGAGGUUACCUGCUUAGUACUCCGCCAAUUGAAAGAUUACCAAGAACUGUUAAAGUAGAAGAUGGAAAAGAGGAGGGCACAAAAAAAGACACAGCUUUUUUAUAUUCUGACACAAUUUAUACUUUAUCAUUAAAAGAACUUCGUCAACGAUUGGAAAAUGCCACAGAUCCAAAUAAUUACAACUAUUCAUCAACACCAUCAACAAAUGGUUGUCAUAUUUUACAAUCCACACAAAAUGUUAAAACGCCAUUACUUGUUCGUGAAAAAGAUGUUGGUUAUCAGUUUCAAAGAGUUGCUUUGUUUAGUGAACUAUUAAAAGAAUAUCCUAGUUCACGUAAUGAAAUUAUUCAUCAUGCAAAAGUUGAUAUACCGCCAUUUUUACGUGGAAAAGUUUGGGCUGCCAUUUUAGGAAUCCGUGGCGAUUAUCAGGCUUUAUAUGAUGCUUAUGAUAAAGAAACUGAAAGAGAUCAUCAGAUUGAUGUUGAUGUUCCAAGGUGUCAUCAAUAUCACCAACUAUUGUCAUCUCCUAUUGGACAUGAAAAACUUAGAAGACUCUUAAAAUGUUUUAUCACUGCUAAUAGUAAAUUAGUAUAUUGGCAAGGAAUGGAUUCACUCUGUGCACCAUUUUUGACUUUAAAUUUUAAUGAUGAGGCAUUGGCAUUCUGUUGUCUGAAUAGAUUUAUUCCUAAAUUUUUAAAAGAUUUUUUCUUAGUUGACAAUUCUCAUAUAAUAAAAGAAUAUUUGGCUGUUUUUGGUCAUCUUUUAUCAUUCCAUGACCCAGAAUUAUCUAGUCAUCUAAGAGAAACAGGUUAUAUUCCGGAUUUAUAUGCUAUUCCUUGGUUCUUAACUUUAUUUACACAUGUUUUACCAUUAGAAAAAACAUAUCAUCUUUGGGAUAAAUUACUUGUUGGGCCUCCUUCAUUAUCAUUGUUUGCUGGUAUCUCCAUAGUACGACAACUUCGAGAUGAUUUGCUUAAAUCUGAUUUUAAUGAAUGCCUACAAUUUGCCGAAACAUUUCCGGACGUUGACAUAGAAAAAUGCAUUCAAUCAGCUCUUUCGAUGUGUAAAGUUACACCACCCUCUGUAAUCUAUCAAGAGGAUUACCCAACGCAACGUUGGUGGGAACAACCUAUACCUGUUGAUGUGAAGAAAACUGAAUUGGCUCCUAGGAUAUCAUUAAAAGAUUUGGCUAAAUUAAAAAAUCAUGUUUUGGUCAUUGAUAUAAGAUCUGAGCAAGACUUUGUAGGGGGUCAUUUUCCAUUAUCAGUAAAUUUUAAUACAUCAUAUCUUGACCAAGUUACAGAUGCACUAUUUCAAGAGAAAAAGAAAUAUCAUGUGGUUUUGGCAAAUAGGGGCGAAUCUGGUCCUCGGUUUGCUGAUGAAUUAGUUCAUGCCAAAUUUCUAAGGGUUGCAGUAUUAACAGGUGGAAUUGAUGUGAUACGUGUAGUUACUGAAGAACAUGUUCCUGUGUGUUCUUGUAUGCCAUUAAAGAUUUUAGUAUCACCUGGGCAAAAAGGUGUUGCAUAUUCUAAAUGUGAACAAAAUUUAAUGGAAAGUGAAAGUUAA